AUUUUGCCCAGCCAGUGUGUCACAGGGAAGAGGAGCAACCCAAACAAAUCGCGUGUGAGAAGGCGGUGCUGAGCGAUGGGGCGCAAGAAAGGGGCGCCGAAGAUCGUGCCGGAGCAGGACAAGCGGAUCUGCGCGUCCAUCUGCGUGUGCCAACUGAUCGCAGUGCUGAGCUGCGUGUCGAUCGUGUACCUGUCGGUGGCCGUGUACAUGCCGGCGCACCGCACCCUCGAGUCCGGCUACGACACCAAGCCGGCCGUGUGUCAGACCAGGGAGCUCCACUGGGCCUCCACCCUGGGCGACUGGUCCUCCUGCGGCGAGUGGUGCCUCUCCAAAAGCUCCCCGCCCUACCCCCAGAUCCACGUUGUUGUCCGCAGGAAUGGCACCACCAUCAGGUUAGAAAAUUGCACGCGACCAGCAAAUGUGGCGUGUCCACCUGCAGACGAAGAGUCCCUCCGCAAGUACAACUGCAACCAGGACGGCGAGUGCGAAACCAUCACGGGCGUCUUCAGCUGCAGAAGGGGUCAUUGCGCCAACUUGUCCGAGAUCUACAGCUGCCUCACCGUAGCCGACGGCAACUUCAUUGACGCCGAUAGGGAUAAUUUGAAAUUGAACGGCUUUUUCGAGUGCCAGAAGAGCAGAUGCCGGCAAAUCAAGAAAACGCCUUUUCCCUGUGACAGAUACUGCCCGCGCAUCACGACCUUCGGCAUCAACGUGUUGCUCUUCCACGGUGACAUUGUACUUACAGCCGAGUGCAGCAAGGGAUACACUGUCAUUGAAGAUCUUGAAAACACCGACCCUGCAACCCAAAAGCCCACGGAGGAGCACCUAAUGUGGACACCAGAGAAGGGAGUCCUGCUGGCCGCGUGCUUGAAAGCGGAAAAGUCCGCGGCCCACGUCAACAACGUGCACAACAUCACCGCCCUAGAUUGCAUCAACGGGACGGUCGUUCCGGAGGAAAAACUGCCGGCCCAUUACAUGAACUUCACCUACUUGUGGUCACUUUUCGAGGAGUCGCAGUUGAACAAGGUUGAUCCUGAAUUGCCUCCUCCGCAAAAUGACCUCGUCAUUUACAACACCAGCAGGCUGCUAAUUAAUUUAGAUGGUUGUGUGAACACGCUGCGAGACGAGUGCCGAGACUUUGUGAAGAACAAUGGCAAGGAUGGUACGAACCACACGGGCCAGUCGCGAUUUCCGUGCUUUUACCACAAGGGCGACCCGUUGUACUCGUUGGCACGCUUUGACAUUGAGAGGACCAGGAUCGAGCUGAUCCUCUUCUCCACCAUCCCGGUCGUGCUGGCCAUCGUGUCCUGCACGUCGCUCAUCAUCUGCACCAAAAUCGUCAAGGUUGGCGACGACGCCAAGAUGAGGAUCAAGUGCAGAGGCUGCUGCGGCGGCAACGAGCCGCCGACCAACAACAAGGACGUCGAGAGCAGUCAACUGCAGCAGGAGGACAAACACGAGGACAGUGCUGACCCCACUGACGACGAGUAAGCUUUGCGGAAAUUUCGGAGGAAAUUAGUUCAAAUUCGGAUUUUACCAAUCGGACACUUUUAAACUUUCGCUCUUUUGGCACAAUUAUAUAAAAUAUUUCAAAAUUUUGACUAUCCUUCAAUUAAAAAUUUUAAUCAGCAGUCUGAAAAUUGGGAAAUUCAUGAUUUUCCAUUGGUUGAAAAACGGAAACGCUUAUAUGCAGAAAAUUUAUUCAUCAUAAAUGACCCAGAAUAACCUUUACUCCAGUCACGCUCUCAUAAAAUAUCAAUUGAUAUAUAUUUUACGACUCUUCAAUGUCGAACAGGUGUGCAGCAACCCUCUUUAAAAAAAAUGAAAUGCAAGUCACAUUAUUAUCUAAAUCACUCGGUGUCCAGAGUAAGGAAUAAUUUUUAGCUUGAAUAAUGCAAAACCCGGGCAGACAAAAGCUGCGGAGGAGCAAUUUUCACCAGCCAAGCAGAUUAAUUAAUUAUAAUUCACGUUGCGUAAAAUGCACUUUGCAGUGUUCUGGACCAAUAUUUUACCACAACAGAUACGUCACUAAAUGUUGUUCAAACACAGAAAAUUUUCAACUGUUUACCAUUAAAAAUAAAAGGGCCUCACCAGUGAAAGUUCACAUUUUCCCGCCAAAAGAAAAUCGACAUAGGUGAAAAUCGCUAAAUUGGAAUAAAUUAGCAAAUUAAGAAUUAGAGACAUUGUGAUCGACACUUUCUUCUACAUUUAAUUUCGUUUUGGCGGGAAAAUUUGAGCCUUCAGUGAACCCAUUUUCAACUAGUAAGAGUGCAAAAUUUUCAAACAGAAUUUCGAUUUCAGUCGAGAAAUAUUGUUCAUUUUUUAAUUCAGGAAUAAAAAAAUACUUUACUACUUGAGAGGACCUUUACACAGGGUGUCUGCCGCAUUUUUCACACUACAGCACCUUAUUAUUCACAAAUAAUUUUAUUCACAAACACCUGAUUGACUCUUGAAAAAUUAACAAAAAGUGUGACUUAUCAAAAAUCCUGUUUUUUCCCCUUCAGAAAUGUUAAUUUCGACGUCUUGUCCAGAUAAAAAAGUGAAUCAAAGAUAAUCUCAAACAUGGAUAAUCUUAAACCUAUUAGACAAAUUGGUAGUACAAGAAUUUAGCAACUGUAGUAGAAGAUCUUACGCAAAAUUAUAUAGAUAUUAACUAUCGCUCUCUAUCAAUUAAAAAAAUUAAUCCUCACGCCAUCCAAUUGAAACUAAAAUUAAAACUAUUUGCACUUUUCAUACAUAACUAUCACUGAACUGAUCACCUGUAGAGUCUUACAAUUAAAUCCUUGGUCGUGUCGUUCUCACCAAAUUUCAUUUUUCAUCAAAGAGCUCUGAGCCGCGAUAGGAGAAGUGUUUGCCAAACGUAGUUUUAUUAAAAGGUCAUCAUUUGCAAAAGCCUCGCGCGUUUUUCUCACCAAUGCCGCGACAAACGUGUGUUUCGUCUUUCCACGGAUAUGUCCUCUGCAAGAAUUAUGUAAAACGCAUUGAAAAAUUAAUACCAAAUGAGCUGUGUAUGUGUUCUCUAUUAUUAUCUAUUGAUGUGUAUUACAACAGUUACAAAACAUAACAAAAAUUGUAAAUACAUAAAAAAUAUAUGUGAAAAAUAUCGUUUGAAAGGGGACACGGCCCAAUAGUAAUCAAACAAAUUUUAGAUCAAUAAAAUUUAAUUUUAAUUAUUGCCAAAUGAAUUUUAGUCACGCUUUUGGAAAAUGUUAGCAUUCAAACGAUAUGAAAACCUAUGAAUUAAGUAACAAAAAAUCUAAGUGUUUGUACAAAGUUGACUGUUAACACUGUACCAUAAUUGAUGUUCUUGUGUGCCUUCUGUACUAUUAUGUAUUUGAAA